UCUCUCUCUCCUUUCUUGCUGGCAACAACAUCUCUGCUGCUGGCAGGAGUCACCAGAAUAAAAACAGCAACACCAGACUCAGAGGGGGGAACAGCAAAGUGAUCCACUGAACGAACAAGAGACGCUGCCCUCUCAUGAUCACACCGAGCGCUGUAUCUUCUAUCUUUCUCCACUGCUCUUAGUGAAGCGGUAAUUAGCCAGAGGAGGAUAAAAGCAGGCGACCAGGAGAGGGGUGGUGCAUUUUGGAGUGAGAUGGCUAACAGAAACACUCUUGUGCUCUUCUGUGGACUCCUUCUCUCUGCACUGACCGUGCCCUCUCUUCAAGGAGGUGUGUACUUACCACCAGGGGCUGGGCUUGGACCAGGAGGCACUGGACCAGGAACUGGAUUUUUCCCAGGGUCUGUUGGAGGAGGCCCUGCAGGCUAUAAACCAGCUAAAGCUCCGGUUGCAGGUUAUGGACCUGGAGGUCAAGGUUUAGGUGGUGGUGGUUUGGUUCCAAGAGGUGUUGGGCCAGGAGGACUUGGUAUCGGAGGACUGCCGACAGGGCAAGGUGGAAAGGCCCCUAAGCCUGGUUAUGGAAAUCUAGGAGUUGGAGGCCAUGGAGGAGGUGGUUAUGGAGGAUAUGGAGGAGGAGCAGGGGGCUUUUUCCCAGGAGGUGGACAGAAAGCCGGCAAAAGAGCUCCUGUGAUUCCUCAGACAGGCCUUCAAGGAGGGGGAGGAGGAGCUGCAGGAAAGAAAGCUGCCAAAGUGCCAGGUGUGGGUGUUCCUGGACUUUAUCAAGGUGGAUUAAUGCAAGGACAAGGAUUUAAUGGCCGUGGAGUUUUGCCUGGGGUGGCGACUGGAACUGACCUAAAUCCCAAAUCAAGAGUCCAUGGACAAAUGCAGCCAGGAGUGUUUCAUGGCUACCCCCUAAAAUCACCAUCAGCACAAGGAGGCUAUGGAGCAAAGCCUGGGGGUUCCAAGCUUCCAUUUGGUUAUGGACCCUAUGGUAAUACUGGAGCUGGACUUCCAGGGGGUACUGGAGGUGCUGGAGGAACUGCUGGAUUGUAUCCUGGGCAGGUGCCAGGAGCAGGGUUUGGUGCUGGAUCCAAGGCAGCCAAGUAUGGAGUUCCAGGAGCAGGAGCAGGACCAGGCACUGGAGCUGGUGGAUUUACUGGAGGUGCCCCAUUUGCAGUUCCAGGAGUUCCACAAAUAAAUGUGGGUGUUGGAAGUCCUCAGGGGGCCAAAGCUGCUAAAUAUGGUUUAACAGGAACUGGAGGGCAACUUGGAACGGGAGGACAACUUGUACCAGGUGGACUUGGAACACAAGGAGGAGGUGGUGGAUACUCUCCUGCUUCAAAAGCUGCCAAAUAUGGUUUAACAGGAGCUGGAGGACAAGUUGGAACUGGAGGACAAAUUGUACCAGGUGGACUUGGAACACAAGGAGGAGGUGGUGGAUAUUCUCCUUCUUCCAAAGCGGCAAAAUAUGGUAUAACAGGUACUGGAGGACAACUUGGAACUGGAGGACAACUCGGAACAGGAGGACAACUUGGAACAGUAGGCGUAGGUGGUGGAUAUUCUCCUGCUUCCAAAGCUACCAAAUAUGGUUUAACAGGACCAGGACAACUUGUACCAGGAGGACCUGGAGCAGUGGGUGGAGGUGGUGGAUAUUCUCCUGCUUCCAAAGCUGCUAAAUAUGGAAUGGGAGGACAGCUUGGAACAGGAGGUCAGUUCGGAACAGGAGUUCAAAUUGGACCAGGAGGACAACUUUUUCCAGGAGGACCUGGAGCAGUGGGUGGAGGUGGUGGAUAUUCUCCUGCUUCCAAAGCUGCUAAAUAUGGUUUAUUUGGUAUGGUAGGUCAACUUGGAACAGGAGGUCAACUUGGAACAGGAGGACAAAUCGUACCAGGAGGACCUGGAGCAGUGGGUGGUGGUGGUGGAUACUCUCCUGCUUCCAAAGCUGCUAAAUAUGGUUUACCAGGAUUAGGAGGACAACUUGGAACAGGCGGUCAAAUUGGAACUGGAGGACAAAUUGUACCAGGAGGACAUGGAACAUUAGGAGGAGGUGGUGGAUAUUCUCCUGCUUCUAAAGCUGCUAAAUAUGGUAUAGGGAGCCAGACAGGAGCAGGGGGUGGAGCAGGUGGAGGGUACCAUGCUGCUGCCGCCGCCGCCGCUGCUGCAAAAGCUGCUAAAUAUGGUCAAGCUGGUGGAGGGACCUUCCCAGGUGGAGGAUACCCUGGUACUCAGUUUGUCCCGGGAUACGGAUCGUUAACACUUGGUGUCAAUCCUCCUAAAUACGCAGGAGCCCCACAGCAAGGACUGGAAGGAUUGCAGAGGGGAACAGGACAGAUACUUCCCGGAUAUGGUGCUUAUGGAGGAGGUGCUGGAAGUAAACCCCCCAAAUAUGGAGGAGCUGGAACAGGUGUAGGAUUCGGAGGAAUGUUGACUAACGGAGGAGUGGGGCGAGGGCCUUUUGUUCCAGGAGCUGUUCAAUACCCUGCAGGGGCAAAAACACCUUACUAUGGAGUGUGGACAGGAGUGGUUCCUGGCCAAGGAUAUCCUGUUGGUGUAAAACCACCAAAACAUGGAGGCAUUCAAGUACCAGGAGCGACUCCUGAUACCACGGGGAGGAAUGUUCAAAAUGGUUCUGUCGUACCAGGCGGCUUGCCUUCAAAACUUGAUGUUAGUCCUGCUGGAACUCCCAAACCAGGACCUACGCCUCUUGCUCCCCUUAGCAAGGCCCAAGAGCUCACACAGCCCACUAUUUCUGGAGGAAUCGCACAACCCAGUGCAGCUACAGGUGUUGGUGGAGCAGGAGUUCCAGUGCCCUCUGGACAAGGACAGACUGGUGUUGGUGGAAAAGCACCUAAACCCUUCCUACCAGGUGUCGGACCAGGAGGCUAUCCCUACAGCGGACCCUAUGGAGUCCCGUAUGGUUCAGGUACUGGUACUGGACCAGGAUCUGCAACACUGCCUGGGGCAAAGCCUUUAAAACCUCCAAUGGCGGGAGGUGCAGGAAUCCCUUUGACGGGUGGAUAUGGUCCAUAUCAAGGUUAUGGACAGGUUGGACAACAAGGAGGUGGUGUUGGAGCUAAACCACCCAAACCAGGCUAUGGGAAUUUGGGAGGUGUAUACCAGCCAGGUGUGGAUCCUGGUUAUGGGAGAGGAUAUCCCCAGCAAUUCUAUCAAGCCAAAGCAGCAAAGUACGCUCCACUGCAGGGCUUUCUUGGUGGUGCAGGAGGAGGAGGUGGAGGGCCCUACAGAGGGUGCCAAGGCAAAUACUGUGGGAGGAGGAAGUAAAGGAAACCUUGAGAUUCGUAGACCUCAAGAAACCAUGGUGCUACUGCAUGAUCUAGAAUGUACAUUUUAUAUUCAAACAAAGCCCCUUAGACAAUAAGAUGUCUGUUUGACUUUACUUGACUUUAGUGUCUAUUGUCAUACAAGCCCACCGACCAGGAAUUUUGUACAAGAUCUGAUAUGACAUACUGACAGUGCCUUAAGUCAUUUUGUAUUAAUCGACUCUAACUCUGCAGUGGCCGUAGUAUGUGUUUGCUAGAAUGUGAGUGUUGUUUGGGCACAUAAUUGUGUUGUUGCAAUAGGGACUAAUGAUUUCUCUUGCUCUUCAUCCCCGUUUGGCCCAGGUGCACAGGGGUUAUCACCUCUCAGACUUGAGGAGGACGGCAUGGUCCAAACUUGGCCAGUCUCUGCACCUCUUCUGGCUUCCCGUUUUCUCUGCUGCUAUUUUUAGGCCUGCAUGAUGUACAGCAGCGUGCGGACGCUGUGGCUCUGGCCAACACAUAUGUUCCCUGCCACACUGCUGAGCUCAGCCGAUGCACAUUUCAGAUUUUCUCGCCAUCUUUGAUUUUGCCAAAUAAUUCCAGCUUUUCUUUAGAAGAGAGAAAAUUGAUGUUUUUUUUAUCUUUCUGUACACAAACAGACUCUUUAUUUCCAGUAAAUUGAAAUGACAUUUACAUUGAGUGUGGCUGAUUGCUUAACUGUCAGUUUCCCAAUGUGUAGGAUAAGCCAAAUGCUAUAUCUUUGCUUCCAUUGUUUAGUUUCACCCAACAUUUAUGCAACUUGUCUACAUGAUUACUUAACUUGUUUUGCAACAUCCUUUGACUCAUAGCUUUAUUGUUAUUAGGAAAGUGUGAACCUAAAAGAGAAUCAUCCUUUGCUUCAGCAUUUAUUAGCUGUUAUUAACUGUAGUACAAGUUAACACUUUGACGGAGGAGCUGCUGGCAUAACAUAUUUUUAUUUACUUGAGCUGCUUUUAUAAAGGCUUUACUGACCAAAGGUUCCUGAGCGCUGUUGCCAAGCGGCCCGUCUCUCUGUAACUGUACUGUAUUUUGUACUAAUUUGAUGUUAGCCUGCUUCAGUUCAUUCACUUGGUGCUGUGUGAGAACUGUCUUUGAGCCAUGCUGGGUCAGACCUAGUCCUGUGUGGCGUGGGAUACUCUUCAUCUUUAUUUAAAACUGUUUUUAGAAGGAGGAACAGUGUGGUUUUGCACUUUUUAUAUCUCUACGGCACACAUGUGACUCGUUCCCAGAUCUCUCAGCAUUGUAUUUGCUUAAACAAGUAACAAAAUAAAAAAUUUGUUUAAAGAACCUACGUCUUCCUGUUUGUUACCUUUCAUCAUCCAUUAAACUGUCAGGCCUUUUUGGAAUGUUGCAUUUCUACAAACUAUUUGACAAUGUUUCCGCUGUGUGGUGACUGUAAUAAAAUCAAACAUCAGA